GGUCCGUCACAUGCUGUAGAAAGCUCCAGAUCAACAUGGCUGCCUGCAUGAAGAUGCUGGCCGCUGCUAGACAGCUGCAUAGAAAUCCGGCUCUGUUUGUAAAACUAAACAGAUCUCAGAUCGAUGCCUCAGCCCUGAGUCGGUUCCAGCACCCACGGUGUUACACUAGCACCGGGACCUCACAGAGGACAAGCACCAGCCGCUGCUCUAACAUUCCAGUCAGCCCAGCAAUGACAGCUGGGUACAGGCUGACCGUCAGACCUCACCGAUGGAUGCGGGCGGGUGCCGUUCUCCGGGGUCAGACCGAUCUUCUCACACCAACCUCUCGACCCCACAUGAUUCAGGGCAGGAUGUUCGGGAACCGAGCCAGCGGUGCCGGUUUCUCCGGGGAGGACGGCGGGGACAGUGCAGGCUCUGGGGGAGAAGAGUCUGGAGGAGAUGGGGGAAUGCCGUACAGCGGACCUCAGAUGACGGCUCUCACUCCCAUGAUGGUCCCGGAGGUGUUUCCUAAUGUACCGCUGAUCGCUGUGAGCAGGAACCCAGUGUUCCCCCGCUUCAUCAAGAUCAUAGAGGUGAAGAACAAAGAACUGAUGGAGCUGUUGAGGAGGAAGGUUCGCCUGGCUCAGCCCUAUGCUGGGGUUUUCCUGAAGAGAGAUGAUAGUAAUGAGUCUGAUGUGGUGGAGUCUCUAGAUGCCGUCUACUCUACAGGGACUUUUGUGCAGAUUCAUGAAAUGCAGGACCUGGGAGACAAGCUGAGGAUGAUUGUCAUGGGGCAUCGCAGGAUACGGAUCACAAGACAGCUGGAGGUGGAGCCUGAGGAGGCCGCCACAUCCCCUGUGUGGUCAGAGUCUGAGCCAGAGUCCCACUCUAAACCUCCACCGAGACGCAAGGCGAAACGCAGCCGCAAGGACCAACCAGUGUCUCUGACAGAGCAGCUGGAGGACAAGAUUUCAGAGGCAGAUCUGAGUCCAGAGCUUCAGCCCCUGCCCUCGUCCAACAUCCUGAUGGUCGAGGUGGACAAUGUUCAACAUGAACAGUUCACUGUCACAGAGGAGGUCAAGGCCCUGACAGCGGAGAUAGUGAAGACCAUCAGGGACAUCAUUGCACUCAACCCGCUCUACAGAGAGUCGGUCCUUCAGAUGAUGCAGGCUGGUCAGAGAGUGGUUGAUAAUCCCAUCUACCUCAGCGACAUGGGUGCAGCUCUGACAGGAGCAGAAUCACAUGAACUACAAGACGUCCUGGAGGAAAUCAAUAUCCCAAAGCGUCUCUACAAGGCUCUGUCUCUGCUAAAGAAAGAGUAUGAGCUGAGUAAACUGCAGCAGCGUCUGGGCCGAGAGGUGGAAGAGAAGAUCAAGCAGACGCACAGGAAGUACCUGCUGCAGGAGCAGCUCAAGAUUAUUAAGAAGGAGCUGGGUCUGGAAAAAGAGGACAAAGAGGCUAUCGAGGAGAAGUUUAGAGAGCGACUCAAAGAUAGGACUGUCCCUCAGCACAUAAUGGAUGUCAUCAAUGAAGAACUCAACAAGCUUGGACUGCUGGACAACCACUCAUCAGAGUUCAAUGUAACCCGCAACUACUUGGAUUGGCUGACCAGCAUGCCCUGGGGUACCAAUAGUGAAGAGAACUUAUCAUUGGAGAGAGCCAAAGCAGUUUUGGAAGAAGACCAUUACGGAAUGGACGAUGUUAAGAAACGCAUCUUGGAGUUCAUAGCAGUGAGCCAGCUGCGUGGCUCCACCCAGGGGAAGAUCCUGUGUUUCUAUGGUCCUCCAGGUGUAGGAAAGACCUCCAUCGCUCGCUCCAUAGCCAGAGCCCUGAACAGACAGUAUUUCAGGUUCAGCGUGGGAGGCAUGACUGAUGUGGCUGAGAUUAAAGGACACAGGAGGACAUAUGUUGGAGCAAUGCCAGGGAAGAUUAUCCAGUGCCUGAAGAAAACCAAGACAGAGAACCCUCUGGUGCUAAUAGACGAGGUGGAUAAAAUGGGUCGUGGUUACCAGGGUGAUCCAUCCUCUGCACUGCUGGAACUUCUGGACCCUGAACAGAAUGCCAACUUCCUCGAUCACUACCUGGAUGUUCCCGUAGAUCUGUCAAAGGUUUUGUUUAUCUGUACAGCUAAUGUGACUGACACCAUCCCAGAGCCUCUCAGAGAUAGAAUGGAGAUGAUCAAUGUGUCUGGAUAUGUGGCCCAGGAGAAACUGGCUAUUGCUGAGCGUUACUUGGUCCCUCAGCUCCGCUCACUGUGUGGUCUGACUGAUGAGAAGGCCUCCAUCUCAUCAGACGCCCUCAGUCUGCUCAUCAGGCAGUACUGCAGGGAGUCUGGAGUCAGGAAUCUGCAGAAACAAGUGGAAAAGGUUUUCCGUAAGGUGGCAUUCUCUAUUGUCAGCAGUGAGCAAACCACAGUGACUGUUACACCUGACAACUUGCAGGACUACGUGGGUAAACCUAUUUUCACAGUGGAUCGAAUGUAUGAGGUCACCCCACCAGGAGUGGUCAUGGGGCUGGCAUGGACUGCGCUUGGGGGGUCGACGUUGUUCAUUGAGACUUCACUGCGCCGUCCCUCUGGAACAGACCUUAAAGGAGAGGGGUCAUUGGAGGUUACAGGUCAGCUGGGUGAUGUUAUGAAAGAAAGUGCAAAGAUUGCCUCAACCUUUGCCAGAGCCUUCCUGAUGACCCAGGAACCAGAAAAUCACUUCCUGGUCAAUUCCCACCUACACCUGCAUGUCCCUGAGGGGGCAACUCCUAAAGACGGACCAAGUGCUGGCUGCACAAUUGUUACAGCACUGUUGUCCCUGGCAACCAACCAACCGGUACGUCAGAAUGUAGCCAUGACUGGUGAAGUAUCACUGACUGGCAAAAUACUGCCAGUUGGAGGAAUCAAAGAGAAGACUAUUGCUGCCCGUCGUGCUGGUGUGACUUGUAUCAUCCUGCCAGCUGAGAACAGAAAGGACUUCUCUGACCUGCCAGACUACAUCACCCAGGGCCUGGAAGUCCACUUUGUUGAUCACUACAGCCAAAUCUACCCUAUUGUGUUUCCACAGAACCUGUCAUAACCUGCUUUCAACCACAGAACUGGCUGUAGUUAGUAAAACCCAGUAAUUACUUUCUGACUUUAAAUAUGCAGUUUGUACUGUGUCCUGCUAUGGAGAAUGGCAGGACGUUAUUUGUUCCAAAAUCAUUCAGAGGAAGAGCUGGUUUGCUGAUUCUUCACAUAAUUCCACAGGACCCUGGAAAGUAGGAGGAACAACAAAUUUAACUGAAACCAUCCAGUUGUGACAAAGACAGACAUACAAAGUGAAGUGAUGGUGAUGAUGGACACUGACCUGUGUCCAUCGAGCAGAAGUUGGGGUGGCGACUCUUUACCCACAGCUCUUGUUAUACAGGGCUGUGAAUGGAUUCUUUCAGAGAUUUCUUAUAUUAUUUUAUAUUAUUAUAGGCCAGAUAUGAUGAUGAUGAUGUUGAAAUAAAUAAUAAACACAA